AUCAAAAGGUGCAUUCAAACCAUCAUCACCAAUGAAACUCCAACUACCCUUAUUAUUGCCUCUCUUUAUAUCCUUAAGCUUCAUAAACCUGAGUAUCAAUGUCUAUGCAAAAAGCCACAAUCUUGGACAUCAACAAUUCUUGUUGCUCAAUACGAAGCAUAACCUGAUAUUCAACAUUUCCAAAUCGCAAAAACUAGUUCAUUGGAAUGAAAGUGGCGACUGUUGUCAAUGGAAUGGAGUAGCAUGCAACAAGGGACGUGUAAUUGGCCUCGACUUGAGUGAAGAAUUUAUCAGUGGAGGCUUGGACAAUUCAAGUCUCUUCAACCUACAAUAUUUGCAAAGUUUGAAUUUGGCACACAAUGACAUCCAUUCUUCGAUGAUUCCUUCAAAGUUUGGCUUGCUAAAGAAUUUGAGGUAUUUGAACUUGUCAAAUGCUGGGUUUCAAGGGCAAAUUCCAAUUGAGAUUGCUCAUCUAACCAAGCUAUCUACUCUUGACUUGUCUACAUCAUUUACCUCGCAACAUACUCUAAAACUUGAGAAGCCAAAUAUAGGUACACUCUUGCAAAACCUCACAAAACUGGCAGAAUUGUAUCUAGAUGGUGUCAAGGUAUCUGCAAUUGGAAACGAGUGGUGCCAAGCCAUAUCUUCAUUGCACAAACUUGAAGUUCUGAGUAUGUCAUCCUGCAACCUCUCUGGACCCAUUGAUUCCUCACUAUCAAAGCUUCAGUCACUUUCACUGGUUCAAUUGAGCUUGAAUAAUAUGUCAAGCCCUGUGCCAAAAUCCUUGGCAAAUCUCUCAAGUUUGACCACCCUACAACUAAGUAGUUGUGGAUUGACUGAUGUUUUUCCAAAGGGUAUCUUCCAAAUACAAAAGCUCAAUGUUCUUGAUGUAUCAAAUAAUCAAAAUCUUUGUGGUUCAUUGCCAAACUUCUCACAAGAUGGAUAUCUUCAAGCCUUGAAUGUUAGCAAUACAAAUUUCUCUGGGCAGUUACCAGGUACAAUUUCCAAUUUGAAGCAAUUGUCUACAUUGGAUCUAUCUACCUGCCAAUUCAAUGGGACACUCCCUACUUCAUUAUCAAGACUCACCCGACUUGUUCACUUGGACUUGUCAUUCAAUAACUUCAGCGGUCCUCUUCCAUCUCUCAAUAAGACCAAGAAUCUCAAAUAUUUGUCCCUUUUUCAAAAUGAUUUAUCAGGACAAAUUACAUCUAUUAAUUGGAAGGGACUUUCAAAUCUCAUUAGAAUCAAUUUAGGUGAUAACUCCCUCAGUGGAAAAGUACCCCCAACUCUCUUUACACUUCCAUUUCUACAAGAGCUUAUUCUUUCUCAUAAUGAUUUUGAUGGUGUAUUGGAUGAAUUCCAAAAUGCAUCUUUCUCCACAUUGCAGUUUGUUGAUUUAAGCAAUAACAAAUUCCAAGGACCUAUUCCUAUGUCUUUUCUUCAUCUAAGAAGUCUUGGCUACCUCCAUCUUUCUUCAAAUAAAUUCAAUGGCACCAUACGGCUAGAUAUGUUUCAAAAGCUGCAAAAUCUACAUAUAUUAGGCCUUUCAGACAACAACUUGACAGUUGAUGCCACUUUCAAUGAUGAUCAUGGCCUUUCAUCAUUUCCUAUGUUGAAAAAUCUCUAUUUGGGUAAUUGCAAGUUGAGAAAAAUUCCCUCUUUCUUGAGCAACCAAUCCCAAUUAGUUGCUUUAGACUUGUCUAACAACCAAAUUGAAGGAAUGAUACCCAAUUGGAUUUGGAGAUUUGAUAAUAUGCUUGAUAUGAACCUUUCCAACAACUUUUUCAUAGGUAUGGAAGGACCCUUUGAAAAUCUUAUUUGUAAUGCGUGGAUGGUUGAUCUUCACUCUAACCAACUUCGUGGGUCUAUUCCUAAUUUCGUAAGAGGUGCUGUCCAUUUGGACUUCUCAAACAAUAAAUUCAGCUUUAUCCCACCUGACAUUAGAGAGUCUCUUCGUUUCACAUAUUUCCUCUCCCUCUCAAACAAUAGCUUUCAUGGGAAAAUUCCUCAAUCCUUUUGUAAUUGUUCUAUUCUAAGGAUGCUUGAUCUUUCCCAUAAUAGCUUUAAUGGCUCCAUGCCCGAGUGUUUGACCUCAAGAAGCAGUACUAUAAGGGUAUUAGAUAUAGGUGGAAACAAACUAACAGGUUCCAUAUCUAAUACAAUUCCUAGUUCGUGUAACUUAAGAUUCCUAAAUCUCAAUGGGAAUUUCUUGGGGGGUACUAUUCCAAAGUCUCUGGUCAAUUGUCAAAAUUUAGAAGUCUUGAACCUAGGAAAUAACAUGUUGAGUGAUAGAUUUCCAUGCUUCUUAUGGAGUAUUUCCACCCUUCGAGUGCUGAUUUUAAGGUUAAACAAACUUCAUGGCCCCAUUCAAUGUCAGCAUAACAUUGGUAAUUGGAAGAUGCUUCAUAUUGUCGAUCUUGCCUACAAUAAUUUCACUGGUGCAAUACCACAAACACUUCUGCAAAGUUGGAUAGCAAUGGUUGGUAAUGAAGGUGAAGCACAACAAAAGUCUGGCAAUUUAUUUUUUGACUUGUAUGAUUUCCAUCAUUCUGUGCGUUACCAGGAUGCACUAGCUUCUCUUGACAAAAUUAUUGUGAUGAGAUUAGCCCAAGUUGUAGCAACUAUACCCCCUUUGGCAAUUGACUCCAUGUUCUCAUAUUUUGUAAAUGCUUACCAAUUGCAAUUUGGGGGAGCCUACUUGGAUUCAGCUACUGUUGUCACCAAAGGCUUGCAGAUGAAAUUUGUCAAAAUUCCAGCCAUCUUUGCUUCAUUAGAUUUCUCAUCAAAUCAUUUUGAAGGCCCAAUACCAAAAGAGCUUAUGAGUUUUAGAGCAUUGAUUGUUCUUAACUUGUCCCAUAACUCUUUUUCAAGCCACAUACCAUCAUCUUUGGGAAAUUUGACACAACUUGAGUCCUUGGACCUAUCAAGUAACUCUCUGAGUGGAGAAAUUCCUCAAGAGAUUGCAAGUUUAUCUUUCCUCUCAGUUUUGGAUCUCUCCUUUAAUUACUUGGUGGGGAAAAUUCCAACGGGAACUCAAAUUCAAUCCUUUGAACCAGUUUCCUUUGAAGGGAAUGAAGGGUUAUGUGGACCUCCAAUAACCAAGAAUUGUAUUGAUAAUGAUGGGUCGCCAACACCACCAUCUCUAGCUUACUAUGGAACACAUGGCUCGAUUGAUUGGAAUUUUCUAAGUGCUGAAUUGGGAUUCAUUUUUGGACUUGGAUUAGUCAUCCUUCCCCUUAUUUUUUGGAAUAGAUGGAGGCUAUGGUACAUCGAGAAUGUGGAGGAUUUACUUUGUUGGAUUUUUCCUCAACUUUAUUUUGUGUAUCAACACCGUGGAGAGCGAAAGUAUAGGUCUUUACGGUGGAGGCAAGGUUGAUUUUGCGCACCUUAACAAGACUGCAAAAGCACAUUGGACAGCUAAAAGCAGCGGCAAAACAAAAAACAGGGUUGAUUCUUGGUUUAGUUUGUGAAUUAUGAUUGUGAUAGGCACUCAAGUUGAAGGCCAUCGUCGUUCGAGGUAGUAUAUAUAUUUUGUUGAUAUAGCAGGUCUCUGUCUCCUCCGUGUUCCAGUCAACGAAAGAAUAAUGCAAGUUUUUUUUAGUUUUAUUACUUAAUCUAUAGCAAUUUGCAUUUGUUGUAAAACUUGUAAGUUAUAUCUUGUCACGCGCAUACAUUACAGUGAUAAA